AUGCCGAUCAAGCAAGACACGAUUGAAGUGGCCGCACUCUACGAUUCUACAAGCGGCCUCAAGCCUGUCCCCUUUUCUAGCAUGGCAGAUACGUUAGACCAAGGCCUUCUGGCUGGUUUGAAUGGAAUGGGAUUCGAGUUUAUGACUCCGGUCCAGCAAAAAGUGCUUAUGGAGCUCCCAUCUCUAUCUACUGAUUGCCUUGUUCAAGCCAAAACAGGUACGGGAAAAACGGCAGCUUUCCUCCUUCCCGCGAUCCAAAACCUCCUUUCGGGAUACCAGCCCCCCAAGGGAAAGGUCGGCAUCCUCGUCAUCUGCCCGGUUCGGGAGCUUGCCUUGCAAAUCGCGAAAGAAUGCGAAGGCAUUGUGGCUUACCUUCCCAGAAAGAUAGAGUGCCAUACUGCCUUCGGGGGAACGGCGCGCGCCUCGAGUUUGUCGAAAUUCCUGAACGGGAAUCCAACCAUCCUUAUCGCUACCCCUGGUCGUCUCGAUGAUAUCCUGGGUGAGGAAGCAGUUCGAGAAAAGUUCACCCAUAUCCGGACUCUUGUUUUGGAUGAAGCGGACCGCAUGCUCGACGCUGGCUUCGCACCAGCAAUCCAUAAGAUUCUAAGGCGACUUCCCCCCAAGAGCGAUGGGUGGCAAGGCAUGUGUUUCUCCGCCACACUGCCUGAGAGCGUUAAUGACGUCGUCAAGUGUGUGCUCUUCCCUGGAUAUGUGUCUCUCUCUACCAUAGACCCCAAGGAGGCACCUACGGUUGAGCGUGUCCCGCAGUUUUGCGUUACAGUCCCUUCCGUGACGCAGACUUUCGCUGCACUCCUUGCCCUCAUCGACGCAGAAUACGAGCAGGAUCCCCAGGACUUCAAAGCCAUCGUUUUCGGCACGACCGCGAACGGUGUCGGCUUGUUGUACGACAUGUUCAAACAGGCUUUACCACAAUUCAAGAUCUUCCAGCUGCACAGCCGCAUGAAUCAGAACUCGCGAACAAGGACCACGGAUGCCUUCAAGGCAGCCUCGACUGGGAUACUGUUCGCCUCCGAUGUCGUCGGCCGCGGUAUGGAUUUCCCAAAUGUCGGACUGGUCAUUCAGCUUGGUCUUCCCUCAAACUCGGAGCAGUACAUUCACCGUGUGGGCCGAACCGCACGAGCCGGCCGAGACGGUCGAGCAGUCAUGAUUCUCUUCUCGAAUGAAGGCUUCUUUCCGAAGACGAACCCGAGCCUACCAAUACAGCCGUACCCUGUCGAUAUUGUCUCCAAGAUGCCGAGCUACCAACCCACGGUCGACAAAGCCUUCUCUCAUGUUGACGAAGAAGCGAAGGCGAAAGCAUAUCAGGCCUACCUCGGAUACAACAAGACCUUCAUGAAGAAACUGAGACUGAGUUCGGCGGAACUAGUGCGUAUUGCGAACGAGUACGCCAUCGCAAUGGGAUGUCCGGAGCCGCCACUAAUCGAAAAGAGAAUCGUUGGGAAGAUGGGGCUGAAAGGUGUUCCAGGCCUGAGGAUUGGCUCGAGGAAGGGCAACGGGGACUGA